CACAUAUAUAGUAGAUAAUAUUUUUAACCUAAAGGGUUGGUAUCUACAAGUUUGAAUCGCGACACAUAAAAGCAAAAGAGAGAAAGAAAGAGAAUAGUUUCUCUCAUUACAAUCAUCAUCAAAAAUAAUCAUGGCGUAUGGAGGCAGCAGAUCAGGACCCUCCAUCUUGGAUUCAUUCUCGCUCUCGCCUCUACCGUACCCGGUCCUUUUAAUCCUAGCCGUCGCUUCGGUGUUCCUGAUGACAUCAUGGUACUUGAGCUUCGAAGAUGCAGCAGAAUCCGCGGGAGAACAGAUGAAUCUUGCUCUUCUCUUGAUCCCUCUCUUUCUCAUAGUCUUGGUUCGGUGGUUAUCCACCGUGGAGAAUCCAGACGCGUUUCUAGGGAUGUUUUCAAACCGUCGUCAGACGUACGGGAGUCCCAACGCCGGUGACGGAGGUGGAAGCUCGCCGUGGGGAGUGGCGGCGAUUAUAGUUCUGUUGCUUGUUUUGCUUCAGUAUCAGUCAAGUUUCUUGGGGAUGUGGUUUGGUUGAUUAAUUGAUUAUAGUGUAAGCUCUCGAGUGUUCAGAAAAAAAGGUGUAGCUUCUUUUUAUGUUUUUGUCGUUUAUUUGUGUAAUACUAUAAAAAUGAUUUUCAGAAUUUUAUUUUUGUUUGGUUUA